AUGGAUCCUGUGACGGCACAAGAAGAGACUGCAGCUGCAGAUAGCAUACAGCAACCACCCAUACAAUGCAGAGACCAGCUAGCAUAUGGUGUAGAGCUUAGUACACCACAGAGGGGAAAUCACAGUCAUGGUGUGAGAGUUCAGUCGCGUGGCUAG